CAAAAAAAAAUCAAAAACUUGUUAGGGUUUCAGUGAGCUCUAAACUGACGUCAAUCAGUCUCAAUAUUGUUCAAAACCUUAGGUGUCAUUUUGAAGGAUGAUUGAAGAAGUGGAUAUUGUUUUCAACUAUGGGGGUAAUUGGGUAAUUUCCCCAAAGCUGGGAUACAAUAUAAAAUUUCAGCACACCUGGUAUUAUAAUACUUGUUUAGUUUGUUAUGAUGAUUUGUGUGAAGCUUUUACUUCCAAAUUUGGAUUUAAGGAAGUUCAACAAUUGUUGGUCACUGGUCCAUCUGGUACUUAUUAUGUAAUUGAAGAUAAUGAUGGAAUUAAGACUCUUCAAUACUUAUUUUCAAAAGAUUUUAAGGUAAUAAAUUUUUAUGCUGUAGAUGCUCAUGAAUUGAGAGUUUCUGCCACAAAUAUCAUAUAUCAUACUGAAUCAUAUUCUGUGGAUGUUGAAGUUGCUACUGAUUGUGAUUAUAGUGAUGUGGAGGAUGAAACUCUUUAUGAAAUGGGCAACAACUGUUAAAUUGUUGAAUAUAAUGUUGAAGUGCUUCAACGUUAUGAACAUGAAAAAGAGAGAGUUGUGAGUGAUGGACUUGAAAAGUUUAAGGAAUUAGAAAUGGGUAUGACCUUUAAGACUAUUCAAGAAGCUAGGCAGGUUGUUAGCUUUUAUGCUAUGGCUAACAAAAAGAAGUUGAAAACAAAAAAAAGUGAUACAAAAAGAAUUAGGUAUGAGUGUUAUGAUGGUUGUCCCUUUACUCUUCUCAUAUCUAAGGAUGGAAAAUCAGCAACAUUUAAGGUUAAAACAUUGAAGCCUAAGCAUACUUGUGGUGAUUCUUUUGUUAAUCCAUUGGCAACUUAUCAUACCUUGGCGGUUUAUUUUAAGGAUGAAGUUCAAAACAAUCCAAAAUACCCUAUCAAAGACAUGAGAGGAAUUCUUGAAAAAAAAUUCAAGUUGAAUGUCUCAAGAUCCAAACUAAAAAGAGCCAAAACAAUGGCUCUUGAUAAGUUGGAAGGCAGUUUCAAAGAUGACUACAAUAGGCUUGAAGCUUAUGGUCAAGAACUUAGACAAUCAAAUCCAGGAACUGAUGUGGUAAUUAAUAUCUCUAAAGAUGCACUUGAACAAGGCAUAAGAAGGUUUUUGAGAAUAUACAUUUGCUUCAAGGCUUUGAAGGAUGGAUGGAAAAGUUUGAGGCCUAUAAUUGGUUUAGAUGGAACAUUUCUCAAAGGAAAAUGUAAGGGGCAACUAUUAGUAGCUGUUGGGCAAGACUCAAUGAAUCAUUUUUACCCAAUAGCUUGGGCGGUGGUGGAAAAGGAAAACACAGGAACAUGGACAUGGUUUAUUCAGUUGUUGAGGAUUUCGUUGGAGCUGAAAAAUGGUGAAAUUGUGACAUUUAUGUCUGAUAUGCAAAAGGGCCUGCUGGAUGCUGUAGCUAAUGUUGUUCCAGAAGCACACCAUAGGUUCUGUGUGAGGCAUAUAGAAUCUAACUGGUGCAAGAAAUGGCGGAGUGGUGAAGAGAAAAAAUUGAUGUGGUGGUGUGCAUGGAGUACCUAUGAAGAAGAAUUCAAAGACACUUUGAAGGUGUUAGGAAAGGUGGAUGAAGAUUCAGCUAGUGAUCUUCUUCAUUUUCCUGUAAUUAAAUGGUGUAGGGCAUAUUUUGAUACUCAAUGUAAGAAUCUAAUGGUAGACAAUAACUUCACCGAGUCUUUUAACAGUUGGAUACUUGAAGCUAGACAAAAACCAAUUAUUAAAAUGUUGGAGGAAAUUAGAGUGAAGGUGAUGAAAAUUUUGGUGAAAAAUGAAAAAAUGGGCAGAAAAUGGCAAAAUGAUAUCAGUCCAACGGCUAUGAAAUUGUACAAUGACUAUUGA